AUGGGUCGGCCACUCAAAUCCCUCGGCUACAAGACGUGGGGCACAAACCAACCAGACGGAGGAGAUAGAGAGAACUGCGGCUCCAUGUUCUUCAAUGGCAAACUCAACGACAUCGGAUGCAAUCAACAAUGCUUUUUUAUAUGCGAAAGGGAGAUACCGCUAUUAGAAAACUCUAUUAACUUAAGGUUUGGUGAUUACGAUGAUGUACAGUAA